UGUUGUUUCUGGAGACUGACCUCUUCAUUAUGAGCGCUUUGUUUUACUAUAUAUCUCUGGAGUUAUAUCACAUUCACAAUACCACCUUUUAAUCUGCUUCAGUGGCAGUGAUUCUCUCCAGGUUUUAAAAUAAGUCUGGCAGGAUGUUGCCUCCUGUGAAGAAGGAUCAUAUCAUCACUCACCUUCCAAAGUGUUUUAGUCCAAAUGCAGCUCUGCACACCAAAGAUGGCUUCCACCCACAGGUGAGAGCUGCGUGCCAAGUUCAGAAGACGGAUGGAGUGAGCUUUAAUAUCGCCAAAGUCAUUGUUGUGGGAGACGUUUCUGUUGGGAAAACCUGUUUAAUCAGCAGGUUCUGCAGAGGAGCGUUCGACAGAAACUACAAAGCCACCAUCGGGGUGGACUUUGAGAUGGAGCGCUUCGAGGUGCUUGGCGUUCCCUUCAGUUUGCAGCUGUGGGAUACAGCAGGUCAGGAGCACUUCAAGUGCAUCGCCUCAACAUAUUACAGAGGAGCACAAGCCAUCAUGGUGGUGUUUGACCUGAGCAGUGUGAACUCAUUAGCGCAUGCCAGAGAGUGGCUGGAGGACGCCAUGAAGGAAAAUGACCCGUCCAGUGUUUUACUGUUCCUUGUCGGGACCAAGAAAGACCUGAGUUCUCCUGAUCAGUUGGCUGAGACCGAACUGGAAGCUAUCAGACUAUCAGAGGAAAUCAAAGCGGAGUACUGGGCCGUGUCUGCAAAGUCAGGAGACGGAAUCAGGGAUCUUUUCCUUCGUGUGGCUUCUUUGACUUUUGAGGCGAAUGUUUUGGCUGAGCUCGAGAGAAGUGGGUCGAGACACGUCAGAGACAUAAUCAGAAUCACAGACAGCUCAGAAGCCAAUCAUAAACAAAAGAAGACCAACUGUUGUUGAGAAAGCCUGAUCUCACUGGUGCAGCCACACGGUUACUGGAGCCAAACUGGUGUGGAUCCCCUGAGCUGGGCUGUGUCUGCAGCAUCCAGGAAAACACCUGAGAAAAUAUUUGCCAUCAUCCAAGUAGCUCCAACAUAAUGCCUCCAAUUGAGCCUGUAAAUAAGCCUAUUAGCAGAAUGACUCAAGCUGUGUGUUUCUCAGGAAUGUUUAGUGCUGACCAGAUCUGCAACAAGUAAUUCUUUGUAUUCUGGAUUAUAAAGAUAAUUUCCCAAAACUGUAGCAGCUUUUCACAAGAACAUCGUCUGUGAGAACCUACAUUUCAUCCCGUUAGGAGAGGAUUUGUCUGAAUAUCAUCCUCUGUAUCUUUUCCUCCCUGCUGACUUCUGGUCAUGUGUCUCUGCUCUUGCUAAUGUGAUGCAUACAUCGGAUCAAAUGACCACCGUCAUUCCCAUCAUGCCUCUCUCCGGUCCGACACAAGCGCUCAUAUGAUCUGGGAGUGGAAGGAUUGUUUGGUGGGAGAGUCCUAGAAAGUGGAAAGGACAGCUUCAUCUUCAUAAACUGUUCUGCUGGACAUUUAAUCCCAAAAUGAUUCAAACUCCUGGUUGAUUUAGAGGUUGAAAGGCCUCCUUGCCAUUACCUUAAUCAAGUCAAGUUUCUCACCCAGGCUUUGACUGAGCCCCUCCAAUGUUAACAUUUCUUCCAGGCAGAGGAAACAUUCAGGUAAAAUUAUUACAUUAACUCAUAAAACACAGUAUGAAUAAUUUUGGGCUUAAACGGAUAUCUUUGGAGAAAGUAUUGAAAUGUUUUUGUAAUUCAUUGAACACUUAAAAAUGUAAGUUAAUAAAUCACUUGAUAAUAAAAUGUCAGAUUUAAAGCUUUAUAGGUUUUUGACAGAAAUAAAGGCAUGGAAAAGUAUAUAUUUAAUAUCUCUUUAUGCCAGAGAUAUUAAAGGGGAAAAUGUUAUGUUAUCCUUUCCCCCAGUCAGUCCCUCCAGACUAGCGGCAGCAAGAAUGGAUCUCGGAGCUAAUUAUAGGAGCUACUUCUCAAUCCAACGCAGGUUAAAAUAUUGCUAAAGGCUUAAUGGAGAAACAUUGUUGUAUUGGAAAGAGUAAGAGCUUCUUAAAGAGACAGAACCCCAAUUUUAAGACAACUUUGAUGUUGUGUUGAAAAAAAUGGAACUUUGUGCCUGGAAAAUACAUUACAAUUUUAUUUCAACUCAUUGGUUUUAUGCUGAGAAUUACUAACGGCAAUAAUAAGUUAAUAUUUGCAAACCCCAAGAAUCAAGUGUGUUUGCUCUUCUGAUAUUUUAUUUCCAUUUCUGGUUUCAUGAAAGGAUCACCA